UAAUGUUCCCAAUAAACUGAUAAAAGGCUAAAGAUAUCCAGUCAACAGAAAAUAGGUAACGUGUACCUGCCCAUGAUGAAGCUGGUGUUGCUGAUUGGAUUCGCCCUGUUGGCAACUGCUUUUGCUGAGACUUUAGAACGCCAAGAGGAUGAGAUACUCGAGCGGAAGUUGAUGGCACUGAAGCAAGAAGCGGAGGAAGCCAAGGCUAACAGAAAGAUUAAGCAAUGGAGAGAAACAAACGCAGCCAGGAUCAACAGCAUCAUGCAGGAGACUAGAGAAGCUUGGGCAUCAGCUGGUGAAAGGAUUCUGGUUGAUGAGUUUGGACCCGAGACUGGUGAUUUUGUCUUCAGCUUCUUGAGAAGCACUAACAGGAAACAAUUUAUUGUGGAUAAUGCAGACCGGUUCGAAAGACUGCCCAAAAGACUCCAAACUAAACUGGCCCUAAGUACAAUGUCACCCGAGGAUCGAGAAAGAUGGAAAAUCGGCAACAUCAAGGGAUUAUAAAAAGCGAAUAAAUGUAUCUGAUUUACGAGUUUUAAUAAAUUAUGUUUUAAGAACAUUUAAGAA